AUGACCAGGCAACAAGAGAGUCCGAUAGUUUUCCUAGGUGAUUCUAGGGCACCAAGGCCAAGCCCGUGGAGAAAAUUCCUUCAACUGAAGGAGCAAGAUAGACUACAGCACCUAAAGAGAAUGGUGAAAUUCCAACAACCACCUAAUCAAGAAGAGGAGCAAAUGACAUGGUCAUGGAGGAAUCUCUUGAAUUCAAUAUUUGGACAGGAAAAUAAGAAAAAAUGUGAAAAUGGCAAAUCCCCUGAUUCAUUCAAUAUCUAUGAUAGACGGCCUAACUUCAGAAACAACUAUGGAUGGAUCACUGCAAUUGAUGAGUCUGAUUACCAGCCUCUUCGACACUCUGGUAUUGGUGUCUGUCUGGUUAACCUCACCGCGGUAAUUGUUCUUGUUCAGUCUCUUGUUUCUGCUCAUUCAACAGAGUAUGGAAUUGUUUUGAGUGGAAGCAGCAGAAUACAGAUUGUGUUUCCAAAUGGAACACAAGUGAUGAAUGCAAGAGUAAAAGCAGGCGAUGCUUUCUGGGUCCCAAGAUACUUCCCCUUCUGUCAAAUUGCAGCAAAGUCAGGUUCUCUCGAGUUCUUCGGAUUCACAACUUCAGCUCGCCAGAACAGGCCACAGCUCUUGAUUGGUGCAAGCUCAAUUCUUCAAACCAUGAGAAUCCCUGAGCUCGCAGCUGCAUGUGUGAGCGAGGAAAGGGUUAAGCGCGUCGAUCGUUACGACACAGCGCGAGGCUGUUAUAUUGCCUUCAGCAACUGCAGCACCACCAGAUGA